GUUUGCAUAAAUUCAUACAGGGAUAUGAAACAGAUCUUUAUAUGCAGCCAGUAGACUAAAUCACAGUUAAUGGUAGAUCACUUGAUGGAUGUGAAGUAAGAUCCUACUCAAUUCAGACAAGACUUCAUUGAAUUUGAACGAGGCUGUGUAAGCGCGUAACAAGAUUUCAUUGGAACUGGCUCCAUUAAAUAAAUUAUAUAUUGACGUUUGGAAAAACUAGUAGAUCGCUAGAGAUUCAGCUCCGCGUAUUCGAUCCUUCACCACGAUAACCUUUGUGCACCGUCGAUAAAGAUCGAUGAAUCCCUCUCGUUGAUCGUGGAAUUCCUCGUACGAUUCUAUGGGUGCCUCCAGUCCAAGAAUAAUAGCCUGAUGGCCCCUGGAUUGUGCCUCAUAAUACUAGGAAAUUACAUUACAACCAGCAGCUACCGUCUCACGGAUAAUUGUUAUGCACCAGCGGUGCAACAUUGGCGUACCUCUAGCAUAUAGUCAGUCGUACUCGACGCUGAAGAAAUUUCUUUUAAUCCUUAUUCAUACGAUUCCAAUUAAAGGACUUCAAAGGGACGAUGCGAAAUUGUUGAAUCUUCAACGAUCAAUUUCCCUUUCAGCAAGGGGUAUCAAACGCCUCUUUUGCUCUCCAGAUUUCUCGAUUCGGCUCGAGACAAGAAUUUGCCCAAUGCACACGAAAAUUCCUCUUUGUCCUGAAUUGAUUAACCUUUCAGAGAUUAAUUAUUCGUAACGUUUAAUCGGCCCGCGGUUCGAUGCUAAUCGAACUGGUUCUUUCGCAAGAGUAAGAGUGACCGACGUUAUCGAUUUUACAUAAUUAAAUAGUCAUUCAAUCAUAAGCCUCAGUUUUAAAUAUUUUGCUCGAAGAAACAGUUACUAAUAGAAUAUAAAUAUUAGCAUCGACCUCCUCCUGCAUUUAAAUAGCUUAUGCUGUCUCGUUCGUUCUCUACGUCAGUUCCUCAUUCGUCCAGCUCUUCAAAAUUAGCAUAAAUUUUAUUUCAUCUCAGCAUUCGACAGUGUCACCAGACUUUGCAUGCCUCUGACGAGAAAGAUGCUGAGCCAAGCUUUAUAUAACGAAAUGUUUCCUUUGCUCCUACUUCCUGCCGAUCGAAAAACGGGCUCACUCGGUCAGAAAACACGCAGGUGACGAGUCCAUAAUCAAGUAGUCGCGUGCUGCUCUUCUUCGUGCUGUCGGUUCACGGUUCGGCUGACCAUCCAUUGGAACUUUUGCUGGUCGUUUAAUUCUUCGUCGUCGCAGAAACGAUUCAGGAAAAGGCACGAUACUCGGGGCGAACAAGCUCGCGGUAUCAAAUUUCCCGUGUAUCGCGAGUUGAUCGUAUCAGCCGAGUGGAUCCCGCAGAAUGGACGAGAACAAGGAUAACGGCAAUAGGACAUCGACGCUACAAUGGCCGGAUUAUCUUGUCAUCGGCGUAAUGCUGUCGAUCUCAGCCGGGAUCGGACUCUACUACCGAUUCACCGGGGGCAGACAACGCACGGCCGAGGAGUACUUCUCGGCGAACAAAUCAAUGGGCGCGGUCACUCUAGCGAUAGCUCUGACAGUGUCUUUCGUGUCUGCAAUAACAUUGCUCGGAAUCAGCGCGGAAAAUUACGCUUACGGGACGCAAAUCAUGCUGUUGUAUUUAGGUGGUUUCAUUGGAACGCCGAUUACGCUGUUCUUCUAUCUUCCCGUCUUUACCGAGUUGAACGUUAUGAGCGUGUACGAGUAUUUGGAGAAACGGUUCGGAGUCACAGCUCGUCUGGUAACCAGCACAGCCAAUUUCUUGCAACUCCUCCUGUACACGGGAGUGGUGUUAUUUGCGCCUUCGAUAGCGCUCGAAGCGACUACCGGCCUAUCAGGAGACAUGAGCGUUCUGCUGGUGGGUUUCAUUUGCACCUUUUACUCGACUCUUGGUGGUAUCAAAGCUGUUCUGAUCACCGACGUGUUCCAAGCAUUGUUAAUGUUCGCUGGUAUCGCCUGCGUUCUUGGCGUCGCAGCCGCAGAUCUUGACGGAAGUCUGUCCAACGUGUGGAGCAUCGCUCAAGCGGGUGGUCGAAUAGAAUUCUUCGAUUUCAGAAUUGAUCCAACGAUAAGGCAUACCUGGUGGUCCUUAUUAGUAGGCAGUACCACUUUCUUCCUGUCACUUUACGCCGUGAACCAAGUCCAGGUUCAACGUUUACUCACUGCCAAAGAUAAGAAAACAUCAACCAAUGCACUUUUUCUGAGUGGUCCUAUAACCAUGGCACUUGGCGUUCUCACGUCGUUCUGCGGUCUAGCCGUUUAUGCCGUUUACAAAGACUGUGAUCCGUUCACAUCCGGAAAAAUCACCAUGUUCGACAUGAUACUCCCGUACUUCGCGGCCGACAGGAUGUCCCGUCUACCGGGGAUUACUGGACUCUUCAUUUCAGGCGUGUUUAGCGCAAGCCUCAGCACCAUCUCAGCGAUGCUGAAUUCCUUGGCCGCCGUGGCGUUGGAAGAUUACGUGAAACCGGCAUGUCACAAAUUCGGAAUGCACUUCUCGUCAGAGAGGGCCACCAUGAUCGGCAAAGCGCUCGCAAUCAUGAACGGUUUCCUCUGCUUGUCGGUCGCCUUUCUGGCUAAAUCGAUGGGCUCGCUGAUCCAAGCUGCCCUAAGCAUUAGCGGAGCGAUAGGCGGACCGAUCUUGGGAAUUUUCACACUAGGGAUGUUCAUAGAGGCAGCGAACGAGACCGGUGCCAUCGUUGGAAUGGUUUCAGCGUUGACCAUUUGCAUUUGGGCUGCAUUGGGAUCCACAAUUUCCGGGACAUCACAGGGACAGACAUUGCCAUUAUCCAUAGACGGUUGCGAUAAUUCCACUCUCCAGUUGGAGCAUUUUAAUAACCAGAACAUCGACAAUUCUUCAUACUUGUAUUUAUACCGUAUCUCGUAUAUGUGGUACACUCCUCUCGGACUCGUCAUCACGUUGCUCGUGGGCUAUGUAACUAGCCUGGUUACGAACAGAAUACUCUACAAGAACGCUCGUGAACUGAAUCCGAGUUUGUUCGUACCCAUGCUGGCGGCCCGGAUUAGGCGACGAAGAGAAGACGCGGCGAAAACUACCAGCAGUCAAAUGUUUGUCUUGGAAAAUAGGAAAUAAAAUCGAAAAUCGAUAACAACUUGUUCGACAAAGUAAUCCUCCUUUAACGACAUAAAAAGCGAAAAAUGCUUUAAGUCAUUUUUCGUUUUAAGAAGUUGUCAGAAAAACGAAAGCGAAAGAAAAAUUUGUUUGAGUGUUCAACUUUAAGUCUUCGAAUUUAUUAUUCAUAUGGGACGCAUGUAAAUGCAUUCCAUAAAAAUUUGUACACGUGAUUUUUAUCAAGUUACAGUUGCUGAAUGGAAGAUACCAUGUAGGCACCAAGAAAUUAUCCGUUUAAAGUAACAAACGACUUUCCGGUUAAGGGAAGUUAAUAUAGGAUGAUAAUUUAAUGCAGAAUUCGAAAUUUUGUCAUGAAUAUUAAUUGUCACGAGAUGAAGUUUGCUGUUCGGAGCCUCGCACGUAAGUCUGCAAGAUAAGACAUUCCGCCUACCAAACGAGCAAAAUAAUUUAUAAAUCUCAUAAAUUCGUUUGGAAAUCUCGUCUCGGUUUUAAUGCCGUCGUACACAAACGCCGUGAUUUCGUGAACGGUGUAACAAACGAGCAUGCUUCUCUUAAUAAUACUCAUUAAUAAAGUAAACACAGGUUGAUCCAGUAUCGUCUCGUUAUUCGCAAUUAUUAAUCGUCCAGACGAUUCCAUCAACCGUAACUCGGCACCAUGGUAAUUCGAUAAAAUGCCCUAACCAGUUCUGGCCCGCUCCGUAUGAGCGCGUUAAAUUCACCGACGGCUCGUUGUCUGGCCUGUCAUCCUUUCCGCGCUGUUCAGUUGCAACUUAACGAGCGACGAUAGGCGGAAAAAGGAUGUGGGCUAUCCGUGAAUGAACCCAGCGAGGCAUCUGGGUCAUAGAGGCUCGCUCCGAGUCUGAAGACAAUCAAUUUCGUUUUGCAAAACUCGCAGAAGUGUGACCGCAACUUAUCCGAUGAUCGUCGGUAAGCGAUUCACAACGGUGUGGAACGAUCCAGUAACUCGUUUAAUUGAGCCUUAUUCUACUCGGCACGUUAUCACGCCAGAGCCCUGUACCACUGUCAAAGACACGCUAUAAAGAGAUAAUUGAUUCUUUCAGCGAAAGCGACCGG